AUGGCAGCUACAAAUCCUGUCAUUAGGAUUAUAAUCCCUAUCCGCUCUCCUGAAAUGAUGUGUUUUAACGAUAAACGAGAAGACACCUACUUCCAUACCCGGGUAACGAAGCACCGGGUAUGGACGUACUUUGCAUUCAAUAAAUUAAAAGAUGGACCAGCUACCAAAGCAAAUUUGGACAUGACAAAAGCUGUAUGCAGGCUAUGUAUAAAGGAAUAUUCCUUCAAAGUUGGUAAAGUUUUACCCAUAAGUCUUGUGGACUCUGAGUAUUUUCAACAUCUUGUGAAUUUGUGGAAUCCAAAAUACGAAAUUCCAAGUCGAAAAACUAUAACUACAAAACUUGCACAAAAGAAAGAUGAAAUGAAAGUGAAGUUGAUAGGUGAGACAGGCAAUUUAGAUGACAUAGUCUAA